UGGUGGCACAGGUGACCGCAGACGCGCUGAGUUGUGACAUCUCGACGGUCAAAAACGAAAACAAAUUUAGUCUACGACGUGCGUGAAGUUUAAAGCGCCGCGUGUCUGUCUGUGGACAUGUAGUGAGACUUCUAAUCUCUUUGUUUUAUUUUUGUGCGCGCGUGUUUCCGCGACAUUUGGUGAUUGUUUUCCUGUUCAGCGGUAGUUUGAAGCGGGUCCGGUAUCUGAGCUCAGAGACGCGGGUACGCACUUCACCUCAGCCCGACUCAAUUCGGUCUGACCUUCAGAGCGGGAUUCCUCAACCUUUCGGGCUGGACUGCGGUGCUUUAACUUCGGCUCGCCCUCCCCUGCCCCCUCGCCCCCCAGCAAUGGCCUCACGCAUCGGGCUGCGGAUGCAGCUGAUGCGGGACCAGCUGCAGCAGGAGGAGCAGCGUGAGCGGCAGCAUCAGCAGCAGCAGAAUGCAGCGCUGCAGUACAUGCAGCAACGCAUGGCGGGGACACCUGCGCCCACGCCUGCCAUCAGCACCCCGCAGCAUUACCAAAGCAUGCAGGUCCCCGUGGAGGUCCUGAAGGUGCAAACCCACCUUGAGAAUCCAACAGACUAUCACAUACGUCAGUCGCGGAGGCAGCAGGUGAAAGAAUACCUUUCAACCACCUUUGCCACUAAACAGACGGUCCACGCAGUAGCAGGACACUUGCCGCCAUCUCCUCCCACAAACAUGGGACCUGUGGGRGGUUCGGCACCUGCGCCCUCCACAGGUCCCACAAACAUGGGGCCAUUAGGGGGCUCAGCACCRGCUCCCCCGCCUCUCCACUCCCCACACAUGCGUAAGGAGCAGCUCAUGUCUGGCAACAGCGCCCCCAACAGCCCCAUGGCCAUGCUCAACAUCGGCUCCAGCCACGAGAAGGAGAUGGAUGAUGUCAUUGAUAACAUAAUGAGCAUGCAGUCCAGUUAUGAUGACAUUCAACCAUACGUUGAUGCUGUCCAGAUGCCAAACACGCUCCCACUUUCCAGCAGUCACCUGGAUGUUUACACAGGUCCUGGGAUGAAGGGCCCAGCCAUCCCCAUGACGAGUAACUCCUGUCCUGCCAACUUGACCAUCAAGCGGGAACUGUCAGACACAGAAGCCCGUGCUCUGGCCAAGGAGAGACAGAAGAAAGAUAACCACAAUCUGAUUGAACGGAGGAGGAGAUUCAACAUUAACGAUCGUAUCAAAGAGCUGGGAACCAUGAUACCUAAAACCAACGACCUGGAUGUGCGCUGGAACAAAGGAACUAUACUGCGCGCAUCUGUAGAGUAUAUCAAACGCAUGCAGAAGGAUGUGCAGAGGUCCAGAGAGGUGGAGAAUAACUUCAAAAGAAUGGAGAUGGCCAACAAGCAGCUAAUGCUACGCAUCCAGGAGCUGGAGAUGCAGGCUCGCCUGCAUGGCCUGCCCAGCACCUCUCCCUCUGGCAUCAGCAUGACUGAAGUCAUGCCUCCUUACGUGAAACAAGAAACCAGCCAAGAGGAGAACUUUUCUCAUCCCCCGCCACAAGCCCACCACCAGCACCAACACCAGCACCUGCCCCACAGUCAGGCACCRCCUCAGGCUCAGCAGCACCACUUCCUCCCCCAGAACAACCUCCAUCCCCAGGGCCAGGCCCUGCCCCCACCCAGGCAGCUCCCACCACUCCAGCACCUCCAGCAGCCCAUCCAGUUCCCAGCUGUGGGCAGCUCCCAACCCUUUGACUUUGUCCAGUCGCUAGACUUGUGCGACGGRAUCCCCGGGUUCUCCGACGGCAUGUCGGGGCUGGGUGACCUCGGCGGACUGGACGUCCAGGCGAGGAGAGGCGAGCUGGGGUUCUUGAUGAUGGACGAGCCUUUGUCCCCUAUAGGUGGAGACCCACUGCUCUCUGCAAUGUCCCCCGAGGCCUCUGUGGACUCCAGCCGCAGGUCCAGCUUCAGCAUAGAGGAUGGAGACAUAAUGUAGACCCAUUUAUACUCACAUACACUCUAUUCRAACACAAGAGUACAGAGUGGCUGCAGUUAAAAUGUUAACAGCUUAUACACACGCACAAACACUCACACACACAUACACACACAAAAAAAAUACAGUGAAGGAAAUCAUUUAUUUCAGUUUUUACACACAUCAGUUAUGGUACAAUUCUCUGUAACGGUUCAGGAGGAAGUAGAAGGUACAAAGGUACACUCACACAGACAGAAACAUGCUGGAAGGAGCAAACAUUUGCACGCACACACACACACACAAACACACACACACACAAGUGCCUGUAAGUGAAUCUGAGCGAAACUUUACCAAGCAGACCGAGCGUUUACAAGUUGUGAACCAACACAGCCAGGUCACUUCUGCAGCUCGUUUGUUUCCAUAAACGUUGCUCUGAAUCCUAAGUGAAACAGCAGACGGCAUCAGCAGUUAAUUAGAUUGAUGCUAUCAGAUACAAGGACAAACGAGCGCGUCAUCUCACGUGAUCCUUGUUUGCCCCCUCGCGCAACCUCCUUUAAUAACCGUAAAUGAUUGAAUGAGCGAUAGUUAAUAAAAGAAAAAUAGCUCCGUGGUUCUGCAUGCGURAUUUAUCUUAAAGGGAAGCAGGCCUCUCACACUGCUGCAUUCCUCGGUUGGUUGUUCCACAUUCUGCUUUAACCUCAGAACUUAGCUGUGGACAAACAUCCGUGUGGAGCGAAUUCUUUAAAUUUCCAUAAAUUACACUGUAAAUGUUGGAUUGACCCAAAAUCACUCUGAUUUUCCUGUUUCAUCAGGAGGAAAUGAGCUGUUUUUCUACAACUCAAACCUGUCAYGAUCUUCUCUAUAAGACAAGGUGAAAUCUUUAGCAGUGUUGAGAAAACCUCAGGAUGAUCAACAAGAUUGGUUUAAAAAAAAAAGGUAUCAAAAGUUCUCAGGUACUGCGACAAGAAGCAAAAAUAUUUUAGAAAAAGUGUUUAUUUCAGUUGUUUCAGGGCCAUAAUCUAGUUGUGGCUUUUGAUUAAUGCAGCUGCGUUUUUUUAAUUAAAUGUUUUUAAUAUAUACAUUUUUUCCCGGUCUUGAUAUGUCGGAGGCUAUUCAUAGCUUAAGAGUCGAAAUGAUUUGUAAUUUUAGGUCGCUUCAGUUUUUUUUUUUUUUUUUUUGAGCUUGUCAGGGUUGUGUGGAGGGGAGCGAUGAAGAUAAAAAAAAAAAAAGAAUAUAUAUAUAUUUUUAUUAUAAUCUCCACUGUAAAAGCACAGCAAUAGAGCAUUCUAUGACACACUCCGUCACACUCACACGUUCAAGCGGAAGGCACUCACCAAUCACAUGCACGCAUUACCGUUUCAAGCACAGCCUGCUCUCGGGCUGUUUACACAUCAGGCCUCUUCAGCCUCCUCACCUUGUGAUUUGAGUAAAGCGUGCAGCUGCAGAGGUGAAGCUCGGGUCUGCUGUCACAUUCAGAGAAUUCAUGACUCCAGCUGUCACGCUGCAGGUUGGAGCAGCUUGUGGAGAACCUGUCUGCUGUGUUUAAACCUGGAAUUUGUCCUUGAUUUGGUGUUGAUUUUGAUCCGAAGUGAUAGAGGAGAAGAAGAAAAAAAAUCAUGGUGAUUUGUUUUGACUUUAUUUUUAUUUUAAAGUUUGUUGUUUGUUUUAUCCCUCAAAGCACUAGAAUCUGUAUAAUUGUUUAGACUUUGUACAUGAAAUACGAUUUAUUUCACAUGUUGUGCGCCACUAAGCCACUUAAAUGUGUUUCGUUUGUAUUUGUUGUUUUAGCUCUAUUUCAUCUCAACCCCCACUUUUUUUUGAGGAGGUCUUUGUAAAUGUAUUCAUAGGAGGAAGAUAAGAAAAAAAUGCUUUUGAACUUCCUUAUCUGUUUAUUUUUGGAAGAUGAAGAGAAUAUGUACAUUUAGGGUACCAUUUUUAUACGAUUGGAAUAAAAUUUUUCUCUUUUAAUUUUGGAGGCAGGUAUAGAUAAUAUAUGAUUCUGUGAUUUGAAACAAACGAAUGUAAAGUUUUGAAGGAGUUCUGGUGAGGUUCAAGUAAAUCAGUGUUUUUGCCCCAUGUGUUUUGCUCUUUGACUUGGGUUUCCAUGGAUCUUGGAAGAUGUCUUUACGUGACAAAACUCUGAGCCAGUGCCGUGUCAUUGUCUGGUGUUGUAACACUGACUCUGCAUUUGUACUUGUCCAGAAUCGUGCCUUUCUGCCACGGCUGGACUUUAACUGCGCGAUCACUCCAGCCAACACUCCAAAGAGCUCCUCAGGCCUCCUCUGUUCUUCCACUUGAGGGCACUCUUCAGAGCAGCCACACAGGGAAAAGUGGCUCUGAAUUUACUAUAAAAAUAAAAUAAAAUUUUUACCCAAGUCCA